AUGGUCAAUUACACAACGGUAAAACUUAAGAGUCCUAUUGCUGAGAAGAGGGACUUUUUCCCUGCUGUUUUAACCAUUGCAGGCUCAGAUAGUUCAGGCGGUGCUGGUAUUGAAGCCGAUUUGAAGACAUUCAGUGCACAUCAAGUAUAUGGUUUGACAUGUAUAACCGCAUUAACUGGUCAAAAUACACAAUGUGUUAAGUCAUUUGAAGCAACACCAGAGUUUCUUCUAAGAGACAUAUUAAAACUUAAUUUUGAUGAUUUCUUGGAGGGAUAUGAGAAACCGGAAGAUGCUCCGUUGAAGGUCAUUAAGACUGGCAUGUUGACGAAAACUACAGUUGAUGUAUUAAAGGAUCACCUAGAUUAUGUUAGAAGAAGAAACGUUAAGAUUAUUGUAGAUCCUGUUAUGAUAAGUACGUCAGGAUCACAAUUAUUUGACGUAGGUGGUAUGAAAGAUUGUGUUAACUCAUUGAUAAAGCAAGCGUAUCUCGUGACACCAAACUUCUUGGAAGCUAAGAACUUAUUUGAAAUAACUACUGGACAGAAAGCUAAGAUUGCAAUUAAAGACUUAGAAGACUAUAUUAAGUUUGUGAUCCAAUUACAGAAGGUCUUAGGUUGUGAGAAUAUAUUAGUGAAGGGUGGACACAUACCAUGGGACCGUGUACAAAAUAGACCUUAUGAAGGGAAUAUAGAUGAGAACUGUAACCAAGUUUGUAUUAUCGAUAUCUUAUAUGAGUCGAAGAAUGAAUCAGUGAAGGUAUUUGAAUCAGAAUUCUUGAAGACAAAGGACACGCAUGGGACUGGAUGCACUUUACUGUCCUCAAUCUCUGCCAACAUUGCAAAAGGAUAUACACUUCAAGAAGCGUUGCCAUUAUCAAUUCAUUAUGUUCAGAAAAGUAUGGUCAGCUUGAAGAAGAAAUUAGGCCACGGAAAUGGGCCAUUGAACCAUACAAUUGUUCCAGAUACAAAAGUCAACACUGUAUGCGAACAAGGUGAAUUGGACAUUUCCCAUUACUUAUUGGAUAGCUACGAUUCUUUCUUAGAUUAUCUUAAGACUCACCCUAAGGUUAAGGACAAUUGGAAAAUGUAUAUACACCAUCCAUUUGUGAGCCAACUAGCCCAGAAUAAAUUGGACUUUGAUAAGUUUCUUUAUUAUUUAAAACAGGAUUACUACUAUUUGAUUAAUUAUGCGCAGAUUCAUGGAUUGGCCGCUUCUGUCUCGAAUGAUUACAAGCAGAUUCAUACACAGUCCGUGAUAAUCGAUGAAAUUGUCAAAGAAAUUGAACUGCAUAGGCAAAAAUUGAUGAAGAAUUACAACAUUCAUUACGAUAGAGAUUUUGAGUCGGAUGCAGAGUUAUCUCCCGGUAAAGCGUGUACUGCUUACUGUGAUUAUCUCUUAGAAGUAGGCAAAAAAGAGGAUUUCUUAGGGAUCAGAGUCGCUUUAGCUCCCUGCUUGCAUGGCUAUGCUGAAGCUGGAGAUAUUGGCUUGAAAAUAAGGCAAGAUCACGACAAGUCUUUGGGUGUUCUUAAAUGCGAAGACCAUGCCGAAGUGUACGAUUCUUGGCUAGCAGACUAUACGUCAGAUUGGUACCGCGAUGCAUACGAAAGGGGCAAGAGUUCUUUACAGUCAUUGCUUGAAAAUUAUCCUCUUUCCCAAAGACGGUUGGAUGAACUCGUUGAAAUAUUCAAUAAGGUGACCCUUUUAGAAAUUGAUUUCUGGAACGAGGUUCUUCCAUGA